AUGCGUGAAAUCCUGCACAUUCAGGGAGGCCAAUGCGGCAACCAGAUCGGGGCUAAGUUCUGGGAGGUGGUUUGUGCAGAGCACGGCAUCGACUCCACCGGAAGGUACAACGGUGACAAUCAUCAGCAAUUGGAGAGGGUUAAUGUCUACUACAAUGAGGCUAGCUGUGGGCGGUUUGUCCCACGCGCCGUUCUCAUGGACCUUGAACCCGGCACCAUGGACAGCGUCAGAUCUGGGCCGUACGGACAGAUUUUCCGCCCUGAUAAUUUCGUAUUCGGGCAGUCCGGCGCUGGGAACAACUGGGCCAAGGGUCAUUACACCGAGGGAGCUGAGCUUAUUGAUUCUGUUCUCGAUGUAGUGAGAAAAGAGGCUGAGAACUGUGACUGUCUACAAGGUUUUCAGGUCUGCCACUCAUUGGGAGGUGGAACAGGAUCUGGAAUGGGAACUCUUCUGAUAUCUAAGAUCAGGGAAGAGUAUCCAGACCGUAUGAUGCUUACUUUCUCCGUCUUCCCAUCACCUAAGGUAUCAGACACUGUUGUUGAGCCCUACAAUGCUACUCUAUCAGUCCACCAGCUUGUUGAGAAUGCCGAUGAGUGUAUGGUGUUGGAUAACGAGGCUCUCUAUGACAUUUGCUUCAGAACCCUGAAACUCACAACUCCAAGCUUUGGUGACCUGAACCAUCUCAUCUCUGCUACAAUGAGUGGCGUGACUUGUUGUCUUCGAUUCCCUGGUCAAUUGAACUCAGAUCUCCGCAAGCUUGCUGUUAACCUCAUUCCAUUCCCUCGUCUUCACUUUUUCAUGGUUGGGUUCGCUCCACUCACAUCUCGUGGGUCACAGCAAUAUCGAUCCCUCACUGUUCCUGAACUCACCCAGCAAAUGUGGGAUGCAAAAAACAUGAUGUGUGCUGCUGAUCCUCGCCAUGGACGUUAUUUGACUGCCUCUGCAAUGUUUCGCGGCAAGGUGAGCACAAAGGAAGUUGACGAGCAGAUGAUUAAUGUACAAAACAAGAACUCAUCCUACUUUGUUGAAUGGAUUCCCAACAAUAUGAAGUCUACCGUCUGUGAUAUUCCUCCGACCGGCCUCAAGAUGGCUUCGACGUUCAUUGGCAACUCGACUUCAAUCCAGGAAAUGUUCCGAAGGGUGAGCGAGCAGUUCACAGCUAUGUUCCGCAGGAAAGCUUUCUUGCAUUGGUACACCGGUGAAGGUAUGGAUGAGAUGGAGUUCACCGAGGCAGAAAGCAACAUGAACGAUCUCGUUGCUGAGUACCAACAAUAUCAAGAUGCAACAGCUGACGAGGAAGGCUAUGAUUAUGACGAUGAAGAGGAUUUACAGGAGGAGGUUUAA